AUGACCCUUCCCUGCCUCCACGCUUUUCCUCGGGCCUGUUCUCGACAGAAACUGUUUUUUGGAAGUAUAAUUUCUAGUUAUACUCUCGGCAGCGCUAGGAGACCUUUCGAGUGA